AUGUAAAAUUCUCUCCUCUAAAUAAUAACAGAAGAAGAAACAGAUCUUUUAGAUUUAGAGAUAUAUGAAAAAUUUCCUUAUUUAAGAGAAGAAAAAUAAAAAUUUAACGAAUAAGCUCAAAAUAUCUGUAAUUUAUAUGCUAUUAAUAGUAUAAUUGAAGAUGAAGAAACUUAAUAUUCAAUUGAUUAUUGUUACUUAUUAAGUCCAGUAAAAACUUAUGAAGAUCAAUAUUCUUAAUAUUCUAAAAAGAAUCCAUAAAUAAAAAAAUUUUAAGAUUCACCAAAAAAUGAACUUAUUAAAAAGUCACAAAGAUUUCCAAAAACCUCUUUAAACAAAAUAGAACAAGGAUUUUUUAGUUCAUUAUAAGAAAUUGUCUUUUAUAAAUUCAAAGAUUUGUUAAUUUCUAACUAGAAUUCUCAGUUUUAUGGAUUGGAUGAUAGUAUAAUUGAAUUAAAUGAGAUAAAAUUAGAUGGUGAUGGUAGAAUUACUUAUAAAAAUAAAUAGGAUUUGAAAGCAGUUACUUUUUUAAUAUCUGGAUAUUUAACUUAGGAUUUCUCAGCCUCAGAAAAUUUUUAAGUAUUAGCAAAUACUAAGAACAAAGAAUGCUAAGACAAUUUGUUUAUUUUUUUCAAAUGGUCUGAUAGCAGACUUUACAAAAUUUUAGACAAAUUUUUAAAUAAUUGUAUCAACAAUUAUGAACCUAAAAUUUAUCAAGAUUAUUUAAAAGAAUUGUUAGAUAGCUGUUUAUAAGAACAUUUUAAUUAAAUUGUAAUAACAAGUAUUUAUUGGUUGAUAUAAUUACUUGGAAAAUGCGUGAAGUUAGCUGGACCUUCCUUUUUUUAAAAUUAAAUUAAAUAAUUUAAAACAGCACUUGAUUCAAUAAUUGAAGACUUUUAAGCAACUUAUGAGCAGGCCAAAAUCGGUGGAGCGAUUUUAGCUGAAAGUAUAAACAAUCAAAAUUUGAUGGGAAGUUUAAAUAUAGAUUUUAUGGGCCAUAGCUUAGGAACUGUAGUCACUGCUUAUGCGUUGAAGAAUUUAUCUAUUCCAGCUAGAUAUUUGAUGCUUUUUGGAGGAGCUGCAACAAUAGAAGAAAUUGAAGACUACUAGCAAAAAUUUUAAAAGUGUUAUAAUUUCUAUUCUGAUAAUGAUUCUGUGAUUAAAACAUUUCUAAUAAAGGUAAAGCUUAUUGGUGAUUAAGCAUUUAUAGAAAAGAAAAUGGUUGAUUCUCUGAUUAAAUUACUAGAAGAAGAAGAAGAAGACUUUCUAAGUUAAGAAAUUUAUGAAUAAUUUCCUUUUUUAAAGGAGGAAAAAGAAGCAUUUAAUACAUAGGCUAAAUCUUUUUGCUUAAAGUAAGCUGAAAAUAAAUUAGAAAAUGAAUAAGAUAAUCCUAACCUUAAAAGUAUUUCAGCUUUACAAAUAAAUUAAGCAGAUACUACAUCAGCUAUGCUUGGUGGCAAUUACCAACAAUCAAUAGACUCAAAAGAAGAAAAAGUUGUUGGAGAUAUGACAAAUGUAAUCUUGUAAAAAUUCGAAGAAUUGAAAAAGGAAAAAAUAAACUUAAAAGAAAGUUAUCAUUUUAAUGGAUUGGAUAAUAAUACAAUUGAAUGGGGUUAAAUAAAAAAGGAUAAAGAUGGUAGAAUCAAAUAUAAGAAUAAAUAGGAUUUAAAAAUAAUAACUUUUUUAAUAUCUGGUUAUACAACUUAGGAAUCUGAACCUUCAUAUAAUUUUGAAAAAUUAGCAAAUUCUAAUAACAUAGAAUCUUAAACAAACUUAUUUGUUAUUUUCAAAUGGUCAGAUAGCAGCAUUUUAAGAAUCAUAAAAACUUUUUUUAAAAAUUUUAUGGAUGAUUACUAAGAUGACAGUUAUUAAAAAUAUUUAAAAGAUAUGAUUAAUAAAUGGAUUGAAAAGUGGAAAUGUAGUGACAUAAUUAAGAAGAUCGCUUACUGGGUGAUAAAACUAUUAGUACUAUGCAUAAAAUUAGCAAAAUUUACUAGUUAUUUUCUUAGAAAAAUAAUUAACUUACUUGAAACAGCACUAGAUUCAAUAAUUGAAGAUUUUUAAGCCGCUUACUAGUAAUCUAAAAAUGGUGGUGCUGCAUUAGCUGAAUAUGUAAAUAGCUUGGAGUUAAUGGGGCAUUUAAAAAUAGAUUUUAUGGGACAUAGCUUAGGUACUGUAGUUACUGCUUAUGCAUUGAAAAAAUUGGCAAAACCAGCUAGAUAUAUAAUACUAAUGGGAGGAGCUGCAACAAUUACUGAAAUUGAAGAAUCCUACUAACGUUUUUAAAUGUGUUAUAACUUCUAUUCUACUCAUGAUAAUGUAAUUAAAAUAUUCCUUGAAUACGCAUAACUUAUAGGAGAUUAAGAUUUUAUAGGAACAAAGUCUUUUGGCUUAAACGAAAACUUUUUUAAUUAAAAUACAGAAAUUGAUCAUUUAGAUUAUAGCAAUAAAUAUUAAGAAUUUUAUGAUACUUCAAUGAAAUCAUUUGAAGAUCUCACUUACAAAAAUAGAAUACAAGUAGAAGAAAAAGUAAAGAAGUCAAUUAGCACCCCCGAGAAACCAAAUUAUAUGAAAAUAGGAGGAGCUAUACUAGGUAUUGCAGGAGGAUCCUUAUUAUUAUAUCUAUUUAUCAAACACUCCAAAAGAGUUUAUAACUGA